GAGCUUUGAACGUGCGCCUGCGCAUUCCACAAGUCCGAGAAAUGUGCUUAGCCCUAAAAAGUAUAAACAAAUAUUCUUAGUGUCUUAGUAGUAUUUACGACGAAUACUAGAUCUAUAUGCAAAACAUAAUGUAUAAUAGACGAUAAAGUUUUUGAAGGAAUUAUAGUUUUGGCCGAAACCGAAACUGAGGCCGAAACUGGCCGAAAACGAAACUGACAUUUCGGUCGGUCUCUAGUUUAUAACCUAUUCGUAAUUGUAAACAAAAAUGGGUCGAAGUACACGAAAUUCACAAUCAUACUCACAAUCACAAAAUCGUUCUCAAAUAAACUACAACGAACAUAAUAAUAUCGAUGAUGAUGAGAAAACAAAACGCAUCGAAGGAGCAGCCUCAAAACUGGUCAGCUAUCUCUUGCACAACCUGGACAACACCAAGAUUUUGCGCCAAACUCAAAUUCAAAAACAUGUUGCCGUAAAAGGAGUUAAUUGGAACCAACAACUAAAAGCUGCAAAUUUGCGACUAGUGCAACUGUAUGGAUGUGAAUUGGUUCCAUGUGAUGAUCCUUCUGUGAAAGCAACCUCUUACUAUGUAAAGAAGCUAACACCACACAUCAACAUAUCAGAUUAUAAUGUUGAACACAAGAGAAAAAAGAUUGUUACAUUUUUAUUGAUGGCUAUUGUGUUUAUGUUAAAUGAUAAAUGCAAAGAACAACAAAUCUUUCAAUUAUUUACCAAACUGAAUGUAAUUGAUGAUGAUAAUGAUAGUGAGAGUUACAUCAAAGAUAUGUUGAAAGAGUUAAGCAGUAGUAAAAUGAUAGUCAUUGAGAAUGAGUGUGUUUCAUGGGGACCAAUGGCAGAUGUUUUGGUGAAUAAAAUGGAAAUAUUAGAAUUUGUUAGUAAAGUAUAUGGAACCAGUGUGGAAUCCUGGGGAGAGUUGCAUGAUAGUGCUGUGGAGCAAAGAACAUUAAAUCAGAUGGAUGAGCAGGAUGUUGUUAAUGCUGAUGAUUGUGAAAUGGAUGAAGCUGGCCCAUCGCAAAAGUCAUAAGAUAGAAGAAUUUGUAUUUUUCUACUUCAAUCUAAAACCUUAAUGAAACUUAGAAGCUCAAUGUACACUCAAAUAUUGUAUUUUGUCGAUUAAAUCAGUUUGAACAACA